AUGAAUUAUUUGCGUCGGCGUCUCUCGGACAGCACGUUCAUCUCCAACCUGCCCAAUGGCUACAUGACAGACCUCCAGAGGCCUGACCAAGCUCAGCCUCCACCACCUGCUUCCACCACCCCUGCCAAGUCUCCUACAGCUGGGCCUACACCUCCAGCCACUUCCCCUGCUCCAGAGAGGAAACCCCAGCCAUCUCAGUCCACCGGAGCUGGCUUCUUUAGCUCCAUCACCAACGUUGUGAAGCAGACAGCUGCCUCAGCAGGGCUAGUGGAGCAGACCCAAGUCACGACACCUAAGAAGUUCAAGAUUCUCCUGGUAAUUGACGAACCACAACAGGAGUGGGCCAAGUUAUUCCGGGGAAAGAAAAUACUUGGGGAUUAUGACAUCAAAGUGGAGCAGGCUGAAUUCAGCGAGAUCAACGUUGUGGCUCACGCUAACGGGACCUGCAACGUUAACAUGCAAGUCCUCAGAAAUGGAACCAAGGUUAUGAGGUCAUUCAAGCCGGACUUUGUCCUCAUUCGUCAGCAUGCCUUCAGUAUGACCCAGAACGAAGAUUUUCGCAACCUGAUCAUCGGGCUGCAGUACGGAGGUGUCCCAAGCAUCAACUCCCUUUCAUCCAUCUACAACCUGUGUGACAAGCCAUGGGCGUUUGCCCAACUUAUCAACACCCACAGGAAGCUGGGUGCUGAGAAGUUCCCUCUGAUUGAGCAGACCUUUUACCCAAACUACAAGGAGAUGGUAAGCAUGCCAUCAUUCCCUGUUGUUGUGAAGAUUGGACAUGCCCACUCUGGUAUUGGAAAGGUGAAGGUGGACAAUCACAGUAAGUUCCAGGACAUAGCCAGUGUCGUGGCUCUCACCCAGACGUACACCACCACAGAACCUCUCAUCGACUCCAAGUACGACAUCAGGAUCCAGAAGAUUGGCACUGACUACAAAGCCUACAUGAGAACGUCUAUAUCUGGGAACUGGAAGACAAAUACUGGCUCAGCUAUGCUGGAGCAGGUGGCCAUGACUGAUAGGUACAAGCUGUGGGUUGACACCUGCUCAGAGAUUUUCGGGGGCCUGGAUAUAUGUGCGAUCAAAGCUAUCCAUGGCAAAGAUGGCAAAGAUUACAUCACAGAGGUGGUGGGCUCCUCCAUGCCCCUGGUAGGUGAGCACCAGGCCGAGGACAGGCAGCUCAUCGCUGACAUGGUGCUGACAGCGAUGAACCAGUCAGCAGAGAACGAAGCUAAUGCUCUGCAGAGGCCCACCACCAUACAGCCAUCCCAGGGGGCUGGCCAGAAGGGUGAGAUCACUGGCGAACCCACUAAAAACGGUGCUGGCCGCCCGCCUCAAGGUUGUCUGCAGUACAUUCUCGACUGUAAUGGUGUUGCAGUGGGUCCAAAACCAGUCCAGGCCAACUGA